CGCUGCCCGAGAGCCAUGGCGGACCAGCCCGCAGAGCCGGCGCCGGCCCCGGCGCCCCCCGCCCCCGCCGGCGGCUCGCAGCGCCUGCUCUUCUCGCACGACCUGGUGUCGGGCCGCUACCGGGGCUCGGUGCGCUUCGGCCUGGUGCGCCUCAUCCACGGCGAGGACUCCGACUCGGAGGAGGACGAGGGCGGCCGCGGCGCCGGGGCCGGCAGCUCGGGGGGCUCGGAGUGCGGGGGCCCCGGGGCCGGCGGGGCCGAGGAGAGCCGGGCCAGCCCCCUGCGCCGCGGCUACGUGCGGGUCCAGUGGUACCCGGAGGGCAUCAAGCAGCACGUCAAGGAGACCAAGCUGAAGCUUGAGGAUCGCUCAGUCGUCCCUCGGGAUGUGGUCAGACACAUGAGCUCAAAUGACAGCCAGUGCGGGACUGUAAUCGAUGUAAACAUAGAGUGUGCUGUGAAGCUGGUCGGAACCAACUGUAUCCUCUAUCCUGUCAACAGCAAAGACCUACAGCAUAUCUGGCCAUUUAUGUACGGCGACUACAUAGCCUUUGACUGUUGGCUAGGGAAAGUCUAUGACUUAAAGAACCAAGUCAUCCUGAAGCUGUCCAAUGGAGCCAGGUGUUCUAUGAGCACAGAAGAUGGAGCAAAGCUCUAUGAUGUCUGCCCUCAUGUCAGUGACUCAGGCCUUUUCUUUGAUGACUCAUAUGGCUUUUAUCCUGGGCAAGUCCUCAUUGGUCCCUCAAAAGUCUUCUCCAGUGUGCAAUGGCUUUCAGGUGUGAAGCCCGUCCUGAGCACAAAGAGCAAGUUCAGAGUGGUGGUGGAAGAGGUACAAGUGGUGGAACUAAAGGUUACUUGGAUCACUAAAAGUUUCUGUCCUGGAGGUACUGACAGUGUAAGUCCCCCACCUUCGGUAAUCACGCAGGAGAACUUGUCCAGAGUAAAGCGUCUGGGGUGCUUCGACCAUGCACAGAGGCAGCUCGGGGAAAGAUGCCUCUACGUAUUUCCUGCCAAAGUGGAACCUGCAAAAAUCACUUGUGAAUGCCCAGAGAGAAACUGUGUUCUGGGGGAAGGAUCAGUCGCCAAGAAGGUGAGGAGAUUGCUGAAAAAACAGAUUGUGAAGAUCAUGUCAUGCACCCCAGAUUCUCAGGGUACCAAUGAAUCGCCCGAUGGAGAGUCUACUGCAGCUGCUGACCAAAAAUCGGAAGAACUUAAAACCAGAUCCAACUGUGAACUAGGGGACUCUGCCAAUGGCACACUAAACCUGGGGGAGAUAAAGGAGGAGCAGCCUGAAGAAAUGGGAAAGGAGACUUCUUGCACAGCAGCGGGGCGACAACAACAGCCACCUUUCCUGUUGAAAGAUGAUGGGUCACCUGACUACAGGCUCCAGUCAAUGGAACAAGAUGCUGAUGAUGAGGCAGCCGACGACACAGAUGACACCAGCUCUGUGACCUCUUCGGCGAGCUCCACUGCCUCUUCCCAGAGUGGCAGCGGCAUAGGGCGCAAGAAGAGCAUUCCCCUCUCUAUCAAAAACUUGAAGCGGAAGCAUAAGAAGAAGAAGACGAAGAUCUCCAGGGAGUUUAAACCAGGAGACAGAGUUGCUGUAGAAGUGGUGACCACGAUGACUUCGGCUGAUGUGAUGUGGCAGGAUGGCACUGUGGAGACCAAUAUUCGCUCCAACGAGUUGUUUCCAGUCCAUCAUCUGGACAACAAUGAGUUUUGCCCUGGGGACUUCGUGGUGGACAAAAGAGCUCAGACCUCCCAGGACCCUGCUGUGUACGGAGUGGUGCAGUCAGGCGACCACAUCGGCCGCACCUGUAUGGUGAAGUGGUUCAAGCUGAAGGCCAGCGGAGACGACGUCGAGCUGAUGGGGGAGGAAGAGGAUGUGAGCGUGUAUGAUAUUGCCGAUCACCCCGACUUCCGCUUCCGAACCACCGACAUCGUGAUUCGCAUCGGCAAUGCCGAGGAGGGAGCCUUGGCCAAGGAAGAUGAGCCCUCGGUAGGACAGGUGGCUCGCGUUGAUGUCAGCAGCAAAGUAGAAGUAGUCUGGGCUGAUAAUUCCAAGACCAUUAUUCUGCCUCAGCACUUGUACAACAUAGAAUCGGAGAUCGAAGAAUCUGACUAUGAUUCUGUAGAUGGCAGCACCAGCGGGGCAUCCUCCGAUGAAUGGGAGGAUGAGAGCGAUAGCUGGGAGACGGACAACGGCCUUAUGGAAGACGACCACCCAAAAACUGAAGAGCCGGAGCCUGAGGAGCCUGUAGCGGAAGAGGUGAAAAAAGUAGAGGAACAAGUGCAGGGUGCCGUGGCUAUGGCGGUUGCUGAUCUAACUGCAGAGAAAGCUGGGAAAGAGGGAGCACCGAAAAGUUUCCGAGAGCUGAAGGAGGCCAUCAAGAUCUUAGAGAGCCUGAAGAACAUGACUGUGGAGCAGCUGCUGACGGGCUCUCCCACUUCGCCGACAGUAGAGCCCGAAAAGCCCACCCGGGAGAAGAAGUUCUUGGACGACAUCAAAAAGCUGCAGGAGAAUCUGAAGAAGACCCUGGAUAAUGUGGCCAUUGUGGAGGAGGAGAAGAUGGAAGCUAUGGUGGAGACGGAGAAGAAAGAAGAAAAAGCUGAGGCACAGACACCGGUGAGGUCGGAGUGGCCUAGUGAGACCCCAGUGCUCUGCCAGCAGAGCGGAGGCAAGCCUGGAGUCACCUUCACAAGUGCCAAGGGGGAGGUCUUCUCUGUGCUGGAAUAUGCCCCAGAUACCCACGCCUUUAAGAAAAUGGAGUUCCAACCACCAGAAGCCAAGAAGUUCUUCAGCACAGUGAGGAAAGAAAUGGCAUUGCUGGCGACCUCUCUGCCCGAUGGCAUCAUGGUCAAGACGUUUGAAGACAGAAUGGAUCUCUUCUCAGCACUUAUUAAAGGACCCACACGCACUCCUUACGAAGACGGCCUCUUCUUGUUCGAUAUCCAGUUACCCAACAUCUACCCGGCUGUCCCCCCUCUCUUCCGCUACCUCUCCCAGUGCAGCGGGAGACUGAACCCCAACCUGUACGACAACGGCAAGGUUUGCGUCAGCCUUCUGGGGACCUGGAUAGGAAAGGGCACAGAACGGUGGACCAGCAAAUCCAGCCUUCUCCAGGUGCUCAUCUCUAUCCAAGGACUGAUCCUAGUGAAUGAGCCCUAUUACAACGAGGCAGGGUUCGACAGCGACCGGGGCCUUCAGGAGGGCUACGAGAACAGCCGCUGCUACAACGAGAUGGCCUUGAUCCGCGUGGUCCAGUCCAUGAUGCAGAUGCUGCGCAAGCCGGUGGAGGUCUUCGAGCACGAGAUCCGCGAGCACUUCCGCUGCAACGGCUGGCGCCUGGUCUACCGGAUAGAGUCCUGGCUAGAAACUAACGAGCUGGUGGAAAGGAGCCACGAGCAGCCCAAUGGGGCUGAUUCCUCCUCUCUCCUUUCUGUUUGUGGCACCCUGGCCGAGAGCCCGGUUGACAGUAUGGGAUUUCAGGGCGAGUACAGCAGCCCCUUGGAGCAGGAGCUGGGGGCAGCGGCGGCGGCCGAAUUUUCCGACUUGGCGCUAGAAGGGAAGGAGGAGCUGGAAGACUCUGGAUGUGGAGCCUCGACGCUCGCGCCCAGCGACGGCCAUCAGUAUUCAGACUCCGAGAGCACGGGCCACGCCAGAGGGCUCACCCUGGCGAGAGACCUAACGGACGAGUGUAAAGCCGCCCAGGACUCUGCCUCGCAGCCGAGUGUGAAACCAAAGAAAAGGAGAAAGAGCUACAGGAGCUUCCUCCCUGAGAAGAGUGGUUACCCUGACAUCGGCUUUCCCCUCUUCCCCCUGUCCAAGGGGUUCAUUAAAAGCAUCCGUGGUGUCUUGCAGCAGUACCGGGCUGCCUUAGUAGAGGCCAAUAUCCCUGAGUGGAGAGAGGACAAGUGAAACGUCGGGUUAGGGGCAGACAGAUGCAGAAGAGAAGGGGAAAGCAGCAAACGCUGUUCCCAAUAAACUGGCAUUGCUCGUUCCCGGCUCUCUUCCCCAGUUGGGCGUCUUUAUAAAGAAGGCAGUAGCCCAAAUAGCUCAUUCCUGGCUCUUUACUUCCCCCAACCCCUCCCCCAUUCCUCAUGUUCAUUUGAUCCUGAAGUGUAAGGAGUUGUGAGCCUACCAAAGCAGACUUGCAGCUGGGCCCCUCUGUGCACAGUGGGCUCCCCGGGCACCUCUCUG